AUGGAGGCUGUCCGCGCAAUGCUGGAGUGCAUGGCCCGCCGACGGGGGAGACAGGAAGGGUACACGGAGCUCAUCUACGACGACAAGACGGCGGAGCUGUACUCGGACAACGAGCCGUACCAGCAGCACGACGCCAUGAGCUACUACAACGGUGACACCAGCCCGGACCCCAUCACAGACUACGAGUACGACGAGAAGGCCGGCUACCGGGACGCGUACCGGGACACCGACCGCGACACGCGCCGGGUCGAGGACGUGGCGCGCGAGGUGGCGGCGCUGCUGUGGCGGGCCGGGUGGAACGACGACGCGCUCCAGAGCGACAUCUCGGACGUGGUCGGGGACCGGCGCUGGAACCGCAAGAUGGUGGAGGCGUGCCUGGACGACGUCAUCGAGUACGUCGAGCAGGGCCGGUUCGAGAUGGGCGACGCCAUGUGCGCGGCGCUCGACCGGGCCACCGACGUCGCCGACGACGAGUUCGCCUUCCCCCGGCGCCACCCGCAGUCGCUCGACGGCUUCAUCGCCAUCGUCUCGGUCGGCGUGCUCGCCGAGCUCCAGGGCGCGUGGGUGCUCGAGCUGCUCGGGUUCGGCGAGGUGCGCGGGAAGGAGGAGCCCAACGGGACCGGGGAGGUCGCCAUGCUCACGUCGGACAAGAUUGUCUACUCGUCCAAGCCUCGGUCGAACUCGUUUGCCGCUUGGUGGAUGAGAGAGAUGGAGAUGGUGGAGUUUGAGGAAUGA